ACUCACUUUACAGGCGCGCAACAAUGUCAACAAGCAUCAAAGCUUCUUACACUGUCAUCCCCGCCGAGCCUACUCCAAACACUGUCCUAUGCUUGUCUCCAAGUGACCAAAUGACUCGUUGGACUCACAUUUCCGCCAUCUACGUUUACAAAGAAGCCCCCAACCACAACGCCAUGGACACCAUGAGAGAUUCUCUUAGCAAAAUUCUCGUCCAUUACUACCCCUUAGCCGGAAGACUUAGCUGGAUCGAAGGUCACCGUCUCCAGCUCAACUGCAACACCAAGGGUGCCACAUUGAUCGAAGCCGAAUCGACGAAAACACUCUCUUCAUACGGAGACUUUGCGCCGAGUGACACCAUAAGAAACGACCUCACUCCCACCAUCGAUUACACCCAACCCUUAGAGGACCUACCAUUAUUGCUAGUGCAAGUGACAAGGUUCAAAGGAACCAAGCAGGGCCUUGUCAUAGGGAUUUCAAUUAACCACGUUUUAUGUGAUGGUCUUGCCUUUAUUCGCUUCAUCAACUCUUGGGCCAAGCUUUGUAAAGGGGACGCAUUAGAUCACACCGAGAUGUUCAUCUUUCUUGAUCGGACGGUGAUGAGCUCCUCCACGCGCCCGUGCUUCGACCACCCUGAGUUGAAGCUGCUCCCGCUCUUGCUAGGAAGCACCGACACCGCGACAGAACAGAAACACGAGAGAGCCGCUGCGGUGCUGAAACUGACAAAUGCACAAGUGGCGAAACUGAAGGAAAAAACCAAUGAUGAAGGCAUGAAACAACAAGAAGGGUCAUCAGGAAAAUCUUACAGCACGUACGAGGUUGUUUCCGCACACGUGUGGAAAUGUUUGACCAAGGCGCGUGGACUUGAUGAUGUUCAACCUAUGGUGGUUAGGAUGAUUGCAAAUAUUCGUAGCAGGCUGAACCCACCUCUUCCUAUAAACUAUUUCGGUAACGCGCUGGCCGUGACAUUAACUCUAACAUGUUUUGCGAGGGAUGUUUUGUUAAACCCGCUGAGGUACAGUGCGAGGAAGAUAAGAGAAGCAAUAGAGUUUCUUAAGGAAGAUUAUGUGAGGUCGCAACUAGAUUACAUUCAGUGUCAGAGACAUCUGAAUUCUAUCCGGGCUUCAAAUUUUGAACCUGAGAAGCAUAACAACGCACUGUUUUAUGGGAACCCAAACCUUAUGAUUGUGAGUUGGAUGAGCAUGCCGGUGUACGAAGCAAAUUUCGGGUGGGGGAAGCCUGUGCAUUUCGGUUAUGGACCUGUGUUUCCUCAUGAUAUUGCGUAUAUUAUUCGGAGCUCUGAUGGGGAUGGGUCACUUAUCGUGCAUGUGCAUUUGCAGAUAAGGCACAUGGAGCUUUUCAAGAAGUUCUUCUACCAAGAUAUUUUGAGUUCAUUUUCCUUGCUAGAUGCCCUUUAAACCCAAAUUUAUUUUAGGCUAAAAAACACUUUUGGCCACUGAUGUUUCAAGUUUGUACAAAUUUUGCCCCUACUCUAUUUUUGUCGAUGUUUCUACCCCUCAUGUUUUCAAACAGUGCACUGUCUACCCCUCCGUCAGUCAGACGUUAAAAAACUAACGGACUGAGUUGAUUUGGCUUUUUUUAUAUAUAUUUUUUAGACC